UUGCCGGCAAGAACUCUGUGCUGCGCUUCAUUCAUCAGGACUAAAUUACGCGCAACGCUCUAACGUGUAUCUGUGUUUUUGUCUGCCUGUCUGCCUGCCUGUGUGCGUGUCGGUAUGUGCAUGUGUGUGUGACAGCGUGCUUAACUGUUUAAUGCUGGCGCCAGUGAGCAAAUAAAUAACACCCAGCAACGCACGCCUAAACAAAUAUUGACGAGAGCUGGGACUACUAACAUCCAAAUUGAUGAGUCAAUUGCAGCCUGUUGGGUAACCCGCCGUAAGCUUCUACUACAUGACACAAAAGGAUUUCUUAAGCCCCAAUUUGUAAACCAGCCCAGUUAUAGUUGCAACCAACAAUGAACGCAUGUAAGAGCUUUUAGGCUUAUUGUGCUUUCAAACCUACUUCAAAGGAUAUUGGCUGCUAUAACGACGGAUUAAUAAUCAGGCAUUGAUGUAGCUACAAAAUGGGCGCUAACUCGUCGAGCAGAUCCGACACCAGUCUGCUCCAAGAUGAUGAGGUCAACUUCGAUCAUUUUCAAAUACUACGCGCCAUUGGCAAAGGCAGCUUUGGCAAGGUGUGCAUUGUACAAAAGCGAGACAGCGGCACGCUUUUUGCCAUGAAGUAUGUAAGUCGCUCGGUUUGCGAGUCGCGCGGUGCGCUGGGCGGUGUGAUCAAGGAGGUUGAUCUAUUAUCCUCGUUGGAACAUCCAUUUCUUGUGAAUUUAUGGUUCUCAUUUCAAGAUGAGGAAGAUUUAUUCAUGGUGUGCGACCUGUUGACAGGCGGUGAUUUGAGAUAUCAUUUACAGAACCGAGUGGAGUUCUCCGAGCAGAGUGUGGCCUUAUUAGUGUGCGAACUGGGCAGUGCCCUGGAGUACCUGCAAACACAACGUGUGAUCCAUAGGGACAUUAAGCCAGAUAAUAUUCUAUUGGACGAUGCCGGACACGCCCAUUUGACUGAUUUUAAUAUUGCAACAAGGCUGCAAAAGGACUCGCUCGCCUGCAGCAUGUCGGGCACGAAGCCCUACAUGGCGCCAGAAGUGUUUAUGUGCGCUCUCGAAGAAGUUGCCGGAUACAGCUACCCAGUGGACUGGUGGUCCCUUGGCGUUGUGGCCUACGAAAUGCGGUCCAACACACGUCCCUUUGUGCUCCACUCGCACACACCACUGGUGGAAAUCAAGAACAUACUAUACACAUCGGUGCAUUAUCCACACUAUUGGAAUCCAGACUUUGUCGAUCUGCUGCAAAAGCUGCUGUGCGUACAUCCUGGCGCUCGGAUUAGCACACAGCAUGAGCUGCAUCAGACGCCGCUGCUGCGGCCCAUGGACUUUCAGCAAGUGUUGGAGAAGAAGCCAAAGCCGCCAUUCAAGCCACCCGAGGAUCAUCUUAAUUGCGAUCCCUGUCUGGAGCUGGAGGAAAUGAUUGUCGAGUCGCGCCCGCUGCACAAGAAGAAGAAGCGUUUGGCCAAGCAGCGUUCGGCACAGCGCGACAGCGAUCCGGAGCCCACGCUUGUCAAGGAGUUUAUUGUUUACAAUCGUUUCAAAGAGCUUAAACGCAAGGCCAUGGAGCAAAAGGAGAGCGACUGGCAACGCGAGCUCGAAUUGGCCAUGGCCAAUUCUAUAGUCAAUAGCCUGGCACCUAUACAAGAGAAGCCCUCAACAUCAGCAACACUCACGCCUACACCCACACCCACGCCCACACCCACACCGACUGCCGACCAAAAACAGCACAAAGAUAAAGAUAGUGAUAGUCUUGAAUUUAUAGAUCGCACACCUUCUCCACAGGCUGCGACUCCAGUGCCUCGCAGAUUCUGCUGCAAGGCAACGAGCGCAGUUCGCGAUUAAGCUGACGAACCAACUUGAGUAAUAACAAUGCACAAAUAGAGAAAACGUCCAGGUUUCACAUCACGCACACAUGCACACGAAGUACACACAAAUUGCUUAAAAUAAGCUGGAAAUAAAAAUCAAUAGAAAAUAGAACAUGCUAUAAAUAAAUUUUAAAGGAAAAACACGCUGAACUACACACACCUCAACAUGUAAAUACCGUAUUGUUGUACAACUUUUGGGACACCCACAUACACAUAUAUGUAUACCACACAUACAUAUGCAAUUCUUUAUACAUGUACCUUUUUUAGAUGUUAGCUGAAAAUCAAAAAUAAAAUUAAUGUUUUCAAGUCUAACUUAGCGUUGAGAAGAUUUCUUGGAAUUACAAAUGCGUUGGUGGUUCAAUUUUUUUUUUUAAUUUUUAUUUGACGUUAUAUUUCAUUCAUGUUUCACAUAAGUUUUCUUUAAUGCUUUUUCUUUGUAUAAAAAAGAGUAAAUAAUGAUGGUUUUGUAUGUAUAAAUUGUUGUUUCACAAAUUUGUUGAUCUUCUUGUUAAAAUAUAUAUCUAUAUAUAUAUAUUUACAUAUAUCUAUAUAUUAUUACACGAUUUGGUGUUGCAGUUUUUUUUUAUAUAUUUGUUGUUGUUUUGUAAGUGUAUGUGUGUGAGCGCGCACGGGGAGGCAAACACUAACCAAAUUACUAUAAAUAUUUUUAUUGCUUGAUUUUAAUAUUGAUUUCAUUCAGCAAAAAUGCAACAUGUUAAUAGUUUUGUUAAUUCAUUUCCUUUUCAUUUUUCAUAUAAAUCUUUUUUUUUAGUUUUUUUUUCUGUUUUAAGUUUUUUUUUGCGAUUAUUUUUAAUUUACGAAUACUAACAUUCCUUACACAAAUGCUCCAGAGCAGCUCGCAGCUGUAAGUCGCAGGACAGAGCAGCUCAACUGAUGUCGAGACGAACAUACAACACGGACGAGAUGGUCGGGAGACAGUGUGUCAAAGUUUAGAGAAAAUGUGUAGAAAAUCGUAAAAUUUAUAUUCAAAUAUUGACUUGCCCGUAGGCAGAAGAACAAGCUAUCAAAGAAUGAUGAUAAAUGUGUGUAGGCGUAGAUUUUGGAAGUUUUAGAUGAGUAUUUCAUAAAGAUUUUCCUUUUGCGUUUUACUAAUAGUUCGUACUAUGUAUUUUCUUUAAGACAAAAACAAAUGCAAUUGUUUAGAGAAAGCGUCAAAGAGCUGUGUGUUGUUAAAAUUUGAUUUUUAAAUUUUCUGUUAGAAUUGAAUGAGAAGAAGAAACUACAAGCUGUAAAAAUUAUAACAUUGGCGUGUUGUGUAUGAGUUUUCUUUGUUUGUUUGUUUGUGUGUGUGUGUGUGUGUUUUAUGUAUGUGUAUGUGUUGUCACGUUUUGGAGCUCACUUGGGUCUUAUUCUGUUUGCUUUUUGUGUGUGUGUGUGUUAAUUACGGUUGUUU